UUGUCUAAUAUUUAACAUUCUAUUUUUAAUAUAAUACUGGAAAGGUUUUUUGGUUAAAGGAAACACCAAAUUAUGAUUUAAAGGAAAUUCCUCACAUAAUUUCGUUGUAGGUGGUACCUCAAAGAAUCAGCACCAAUGGCGUCGACCAACAAGGCCGGAUUAGCCCAUGAUUCGUUGUCCACGACAAGUUGAUUUCCAUAGCCAAUCACCAAGAAAAGGGUACCUAUUGGACCCACAAAAGUAUAUAGCCAUGUAGUCAGUGCCACUUCAAUAUCGUGGUACUUUACGCUGUAACCAAACAUGGAUCAGCAGAUGCAGGUUGCAACUAUGCAACCAUCAGGAGAUGGACAGCAACAACAACAGCAGCAGCAACAACAGCAGCAGCAACAGCAGCUGGUUAUGCAUGCCCAGGGACUGCCUCUUCAGUGGUUACAAGGAAACCAAUUUCCCAUACAGGGACAGCCACAGAUCAUACAAAUAGGACAGAAUCAAAUGUUACAAGGUCAGCAGAUCCUUCUCCAAGCAUUCUCCCAAGGUCAACUUCUCCAAGGUCAACAACUUCAAGUUCAAGGUCAAAAUGGCCAAUUGUCACAAGUGCCACAAUUUCAGCUACUAGCACCUGGAGGACAACAGAUCCAAAAUUCUCUACAAGCUCAACAACAGAUAUUUCAACAAGCUGCAGGUCAGAGUACUGGUCAAGUGAUGGCAUUUCAAGGUCCAAAUGGCCAGAUUCUAGGUCAGCAACAGUUUGGAGGUCAACUGGUGCAGACUCAGGAUGGACAGACCAUACUGUAUCAGCCUCAGCAGCAGCAGAUUCUGCAGACAGGGGCAGACGACUCCACCAACAGUCAGCUACAACUUCCACAAGUACAGCAACAGACCCAAGUAACUUCCUCCUCCGUCCCAUCGGCCUCCCCACAGGCAGCUAGCCUUCAACACAUGCUGCAGGCAGGACUCAUACAAAGUAAUGGCCAGAUCAUACAGGGAGGAAUCCCACAGAUGGCACAGCUGCAACAGAAUGGUGCCACUCAACUUGUACAGAAUACAAUGCCCCAGAGCAGUUCGCCACAGCUGUUGCAGGCUGGGGCAUUGCCACAGGCCAGUGCUGCACAAAUCUUACAAACAGCACUACAACAGAACAGUAUAGGGGGACAGGUAUUACAGGCCGGGGGGCAGGUUUUACAAUCGGGAAUGCCUCCAGCCACGUCGCCCAGCAGCAUACAGCAGUCAUCAGGGGAGACAACUUCCCAAGAUGCUACUGUAGCACAGAUGUUACAGCAAGGCUUACAGCAAACUAGCGGACAGAUUGUACAGCAGACCAACGGCACCACUGUGCCACAGGUACUACAGGGGCUGCAGGCCCGCGGCAUGCUGCAGAUGGGCGCCAACAGUAACCAGCAAAUCAUGGUUUUGAAUGGGAAUACACUACAGCGGAUGCCAAUACAGACACAACAAGUAGCGUCUGAUGAGGAGCCCCUGUACGUUAACGCCAAACAAUACCACCGCAUCCUCAAACGUAGGCAGGCUCGUGCAAAGCUGGAGGCUAGUGGCAAAAUCCCUAAACAGCGACGGAAAUAUCUGCAUGAAUCUCGACACAAACAUGCCAUGAAUAGAAGUCGGGGCGAUGGUGGACGUUUCUACUCGCUAAUCAAGCAAGAACCGGAUGAUCAUCAAGAAUUUAAACAAGAACCUGAGGAUUAUCCUGACGAAGUCCACCCAGACAUGGCCGAGUUCCUCAGGCAGGCUCGUCACCAUACACCUGUGCCAAUCGCAGCAAAACGAGGAACCUGAUGAAACAUGCCAUUACACUUGAGAAUAUCAACUAACACUAGCUACAGGUGUGCUUACCAAUUAACUGGCUGGACCAGUUGAUCUAAUAUGGUCCGUACCUGUCAAAUAUGCCUGCUUACCACUAAGCUUGCUGGACUGGUCAGUAAUCAGAUUCGGACCAGCAUGUUCUGUGAAUGGUACCAAGGUGGACAAGUCAACCUUGUUUGCUUGCCAUUUAUAUAGCUCUACCAGUCGUACUGAUGUCUUCUGUAAAUGGUCCUCUCAAGCUAUGGUACCCGCCCGUCAAGCCAAACAAUGGCCAUAACCUACGCAAGUACUUCAGAUGUGACCAGUCAAAAUGAAAGGAAACUGUCAAGUAGGGUUAUAAUGACAAUCUUGAAUGAUCACUGCACAGAAAACCAAGUAAUAAGUACAUCAAUAAGACAAUUUAUUGAGAUGAAGAAUUGGAUUUCUUGCCAUCAGGAAUGGGAUCCAAUGAUUACAGAGUACUUGUAGUACUUUGUAUAUGGUUCACAUCACAAAACACAAACAGGAUCCUGUAUUGUAUGGAAACAAUAGCAGCAUAAGACCUGACAUUCAGGUUACUGAAAUGACACCAACUUACUGCAUUUAAAAUUAAAUUUACAUGUGUUUGUAUGUUUUUACUAUGCAACACUGGUACAUAAAUGCAAUUAAAAUAGUGUUUGUAACAGAACGGAUCACCUAGUUAGAAAGUGCCAUUCAUGUUCAUAUUUCUGUAAAGAAAUUUAUUGGACAUAUUUGAUGAUGCAAAUGACAGCAUUCGUUUGAUUUUGAACUGUUAUUGUACCUGUUUAAGACAAGCUACUUUAUGUACCUGUUUUAAGAUUGUUUAACUUGAUAUGUUGUUGAUAUACAUUAUGAGAUAGACCAGUCCCAAAGUUAUUCGACAUGAAUGUGUCGGGACAAACAUCUUUGCCAAACAUUUAAUCUAAAAAAAUUAACUAAUUAUUUUUAUUAAGGAUCCUGUACCACUGCCAACAACCUGCAACUAUGAAUAAGAUUUCUUAACCGCAUAACCAAAAUUUUAAUAUAUCAUUUCUGAAAAGAAACAAAAAACUUAAAAGUGUAUAAAGAUGGACGGGAAAAAAAUAAUGAAUAAACAGCAGUGUUCUGAAAGCAUUCUAUAAAUGCAACAAGGUUUGACCAAGAUUUAAACCCUGGACCUCAGAUCUCAAUAUAGUCACGAUGAUCACUCUACCUGAGCAGUGGGAAAUCCCUUGCCCAGUCCUACAACAGUUAGAGAAAAAGUGAUUUUAAGGGGAGGUUUCUCUGCAUAUUAUUCAAUCUACAGUGGAAUUCCUAAGUGUUUCUCCUGCAGUUGGACAUGGAUCCUUAAACUGACUUAAGUGUUUCUCCUGCAGUGGGACAUGGAUCCUUAAACUGACUUAAGUGUUUCUCCUGCAGUGGGACAUGGAUCCUUAAACUGACACUGCCUAUUAAGGAUGAAUGCCAUUGUA